AUGGUUUUGAUCUUAACUCUGUCAAGUGGAUCAAACUGUUCCGAACGAAUACUUUCCAAGUUGUCUAGAUUAAAAUAUAUUUCGCCUUAUUUCAGAAAUUAUGAAAUAAACUCAAUACUUACAAAACGACUUCCAAUUUAUGAAAUUUUAUAUAAUGUACAUUACACAUCAAAUGUAAAAUAUACCCAUACUUUUUUUUGCCAUGAGUUAAAAGGAUAUGGAAUCCUAAAAUCCACUCACUGCUUACAUAAUCCAAAUCUUAAAUAUUACACCAGCUUUUCUGAAUCUCCACAAACUGCUCAAAGUUCGCAAGCUUCAGAUUUAGCGUCCACAAAUUCUGAUAAUGGUUUGAAUUUUGAGGAAUAUCGCAAAAAUAACAACGAAAUAUCGUAUGAAGAGUAUUGGAAGGAAGAAGAUAUAGAAGAACUGGAACGAAAACACCCAGAACUUGUGGUCAGAGGAACGGUUUUUAUUCCAGCUUUCGCAACUUCUGAAUCCAAACUUAUAUUAACAAAUAGUAAUACAAACAUAAAUUUGAAUAAAGACAUACAAAAGGAAUCCGGAGAACAAUCAGGAGUUAAGAAGAAGGGGUUUGAUGAGUUGAAAAUUUACGGCUUUAUCUCGAGGAACAGAACAUUUCAUGGAGAUGAAGUUGUGGCGAUAAAGUCAAGAAGACAAAAAUUAGUGCCAUAUAUGCCAUCACAAACUCCAAGUGGUAAAGUGGCAUACAAAGAAACACCCGGAGAGUGCCGAGUAAUAAAAGUUCUGAACAGAACUCCAAACCUUUCGAGCUUAGUUUCAACAUUUAACCUAUCUGAGUUUUUUGAUAAUACAUUGGAAUACGUCAGAUGCCAACCCAGAGAUACAAGAUGGCCCGCAUUUAAAGUGUAUAAAUCUGAUCUUGAAAGUGAUGUAACAACGGUAUUAAAUUCAUAUAAAUCAGAAGAUCCAAAUUCAAAGGACAAAAAUCUGUUAUGUAUAAAUAGAUUUGUAGAUUGGAAGAAGAGUGAAUUGGAGCCUAAAGGAGAUAUAAUCCGUGUAAUUGGAGAGACUUGUGAUCCAGAUUCUGAAAUGGAAGGAACGAUGUUGUUUCACGGACUAGACCCCAAGGGAUUCUCAGAGGCUGUUCUAGCAAAUUUAAACGAGCUGAUACAGGAGGGAAACAAGACAAAAUGGGAUAACAGGAAAGAUAUGAACCAUUUAUUUGUAAUUUCAAUUGACCCUCAAGACGCCAAGGAUUUAGAUGACGCACUUUCAAUUGAGUUUUGUCAAGCUAAUCCAAAUGAUUCGAGUAAUGGUGGUAUUAUAUACACAAUUGGAGUUCAUGUUGCAGAUGUUAGCCAUUUUGUGAAGGAAAACUCAUUGGUGGAUUUGGAUGCAAGAACUAGAGCAACAUCAGUGUAUUUGGAACAUUUGGUGUACCCAAUGUUGCCUCAGCAGUUGAGUGAAGAUUUGUGUUCUCUUCUCCCAAAGAAAGAAAAGCUUUGCUUUUCAGUUUUUGUGGACGUGAGUGAGUCAGGUGAAGGUGAAAAGGUCGGAAAUGACUUGUAUAUUAAAGACGUAAAUUUCGUUUUAUCUACGAUAACUAGCAAAAACAGACUCACAUACGAUAAUGCCAAGACGAUGCUAUACUGCUGUUUAAACAUUAAAAGGGGUGGGAAAGAACUAGAUUUGGCGUCUUAUAGUUUCAGAGAACUGGAGAAGAUGAUAGAGGAUUUGGGGAUAAAUGACGAGACUAAGUUAUCUUUAGUGAGGCUUUACUACUUAUCUCAGAAAAUGAGGUAUUAUAGGCUAAAACAACUCGGAGCAGUUCACGUGGAUAUUGAUGGAUCAAUCAAAUGUCAUAUUCCCAAACUUAUUCAUCAAAAUCAGAAGUCUGAGGAGCCCAUUGAUAGAUAUUUAAAUAACAAGGGGAAACUGGACAGGAAAUAUAUGUUAAGAGUUGAAAAAAUACCAAAAGAAAGCCACGAACUGAUAGAGGAGAUGAUGUUACUAGCCAACACUCAAGUUGCGAAGUUUAUUUCGGAGAAAAUUGACCUUUACUUUCUGAGAACUCAUGAGGACACCAGUAAGGCAGUCAAGUCCCUAAUUGCACAAAUGCUACCAAAGAACCUUAAAAAUCUGAUCCAAGUGGAUAAGAUGACUGUCACUGAAGUUUUAAGCAAAUGUGAACAUUAUAUGGACCCAUCAGCAUUCCAGUCCUUAAGCUUUUCAGUACUACAAAAGUUCAAAGAAGCCAUUUAUUCACCAAUUCACAGAGAUGUUAAUGCCUCUAAUACUAUUGAUACCAGUAAUACCAGUGUAAAUAGUGUAAAUAGUCUAAAUAAUGUGGGAGGAUUGGAAGUGAAACAUUGGGGACUGGCAUUGCCUGUGUAUUUACAUUUCACGUCACCGAUAAGAAGAUACCCUGAUUUAUAUACCCAUAGGAUGCUGAAGGACAUUUUAUACUCAAAAGUUAGAAGUGACUCGGUGGAUUUGCUCUCUGAAAUUUGCGAACGCUGCAAUUUACAGAAGAGAAGAGCCUUUGACGCUCAGAAGGAGUAUAAAAACUUCGCAUUCAAUAAGUAUUUACAGUUCUUAUCAUUCAUCGCACCGAAACUUGACAGAACAUAUUUGAAAAGUGUAUCAAUUUCACAGCCGUUCACAAUAACUCAAGAUAAUUGUGAAGAGAGUAAAGUUGGUAAUUCGGAGGUUUGGGGUUAUUUAUAUACUGACGCAUGUAUAUCAAGUAUUAUAUCGAAUAAUCAAUCAAGUGCUCAGGGCGAAACAGUCGGUAGUGACUCAGAAAUGAAGAAGAAAAUAAGUAAAAAGGAGAAAACGGGAGAAAAAGGAGAUAUGGGAAAGAGCUCAAUAGUGUUCUAUAUACCACUGUUAAACGAGCAAAGGAGUGUAAGCUGCGAUUCACUCGGUGUAAAGCCUGUUAAUUUCAAUUUUGACAAGACAAGUAAGAAGAGACAAAGAGUAAAAAGUUCAAUUCUGAACUCGUACUACCAAAGUAGCCAAGAAUUAGAAAAUGAAGAGGAAAUUGGGAAGAAACAGCCAGAAACUCAAGGAACAAAAGCUCAAGGGAUAACAGUAAUGAUGAACAGUAAAAGACUACACUUUUAUAUUUAUCAAAAAGCAAGAGUACUACUCAUCCCAGGCUCUAAAAUGUGGACUGUAAGACUACCAAUAGAUUAUCUUAAAUGA